UCCUGUUCUUUUCUCUCUCCAAAGAGGUACACGUACCCACAACCAUCAUGUCCACUCCAACACAAGAGCUUCCCCCAGCUCAGGAUCCCCCCGUCAAUGGUGGCACGCAACACUUCGACGGCACCGCUCACUCUGCGCUGCCCACCCCCGCUGCCCAUGGCACAGACUAUUCAUGGCAGUCAUGGCAGUCGCCGCUUUCCGGUCGGUACGCCUCCAAGGAAAUGUCUGCCAUCUUUUCCAAUGCCACACGAUUCAAGACCUGGCGACUUCUCUGGCUCAACCUUGCCAUUGCAGAGAAGGAGCUGGGCCUCAACAUCCCAAACGAAGCCAUCGUGCAGAUGAAGGCCAACCUGGACUUGGACGAUGCGCAGAUGAAAGCAGCAGCCGUAGAGGAGAAGGCAACGAGGCACGACGUCAUGGCCCAUGUGCACGUCUUUGGUGCCCAGUGUCCCGCUGCUCAAGCGAUCAUUCACUGGGGGGCUACAUCGUGCUACGUCACCGAUAAUGCCGACCUAAUCUUCCUCAAAAUGGCCUUUGACGUCGCGAUUCCCAAGCUAGCCCUGGUCAUCGAGCGGCUAAAGGUCUUUGCUCAGGAGCACCGUGCCCUGCCUACGUUGGGCUUCACGCAUAUGCAGUCCGCUCAAAUGACCACAGUGGGCAAGAGGGCCACCCUAUGGAUCCAGGAGCUACUCUGGGAUCUUCGUAAUAUGCAAAGGGCCCGCAACGACCUUGGCUUCCGUGGCGUCAAGGGUACCACGGGUACCCAAGCUUCCUUCCUCCAACUCUUCGAAGGCGACCACGACAAGGUCAAGGCUCUGGACAAGCGGGUGACACAAUUAUGCGGAUUUGACUAUGCCUACCCCGUCACUGGACAGACCUACUCUCGCAAGAUUGACGUGGAUGUCCUGAACUCCCUCGCCUCCUUUGCCGCCUCUGCCACGAAGAUGGCCACUGACAUCCGUCUGCUCUGCUCCCUCAAGGAGAUCGAAGAGCCCUUUGAGGAGAGCCAAAUCGGCUCCUCGGCAAUGGCUUAUAAGCGCAACCCCAUGCGCUCGGAGCGCAUCUGCAGUCUUGCUCGCUGGCUUGGCAACAUCGCCAACAAUGCCCGCGAGACGGCCGGCAACCAGUGGAUGGAACGUACUCUGGACGACUCUGCCAAUCGACGCAUGUCGCUGCCCGAGGCAUUCCUCACAACGGAUGUCAUCCUCAGCACCCUACAGAACGUCACCGAGGGACUUGUGGUGUACCCCGCCAUCAUCGCGCGCCGCAUCGCUGCUGAGCUUCCCUUUAUGGGUACGGAGCCUAUCAUCAUGGCCAUGGUGACUGCCGGCGGUGACAGGCAGAUUUGUCACGAUCACAUCCGCCUCCACUCGCAAGACGCGGCUCGAGUGGUCAAGGUCGAAGGAGGCGACAAUGACCUCAUCGACCGGAUCAGGGCGACAGAGUACUUCGAGCCUGUGCACGGUCAAUUGGACGAGCUCCUCCAGCCCGACGGAUUCAUCGGGAGAGCACCAGAGCAGGUCGAUGAGUUCAUCCGGGACUGGGUUGAGCCGGCACUGGCGCCCUAUCAGGACUAUUUGAAAAGGGCAGCCAGAGUCGAUCUGGCCGUCUGAGGGGCGGCGUGGUCAAAUCAGACGAAGAGACGAAGACGGGACCCGGGCGGGCGUGAGCGGC